AGUUUAACUUGAACCAUGCUCUCGAUUUUGUGACCUUCAAAGUUGUCUUUAUAAAAUAGAGGUCAAAUUCGAAAGAAACACAUUAUUCUUAAUUAAUAUUAAUGUAUUAUAUAGUGAAUUAUAUAGUGAAUUAUAUUAAAUUAUCUUUGUAAGAAUUACAAUCUGUUUUUCGUUCUGUUAAUUUAUGCUAUAUUGUUUCGCGUAUAUUAUAUUUUCUUGUUAUUUUUUAAUGAAAGUAUAAUAUUUUUAGUCUUUAGUACGCAUUAGCAGAGUUGUCAGGUAAUACAAAAGUGGUAUUUGCUUAAAUAAAAGCAACAGUACAUAAAUAAAUGCUAUGAUAACAUAGAACUAGUUGAAAAGUCAUUGUCUUCGAUAAUAAUUUCAGCUAUAUGAUUUAUUUUGAGAAUGGGUUUUAUACUUACAACAAGUUAUUUUUUUUGUGAUGCAACAAGGACAUUAAUAAGGAAACUUAGGAGCAUUCUUCAACAUCUUUGCAAAUGCCGCUAUUUAAAAUGCCUUUAUUAUUAUGCAAUCGUAGAAGAUAUGACGGAACACAUGUCAACAACUGAAAAUCACGAGUGUGAACAAAUAAGAGUCUUAACUCUAAAUAAUGGGGAACAUCUGGAUGGUAUACUAUAUAGAUUAAAAAAAGGAUGGAGAGUAGAAUUUCGUUUAGGUGCUUCUCUUCUUGGGAAGUCACUUGAUCUUUUUAUAAAUUAUCCUUUAGGGGAAAAUAAAAAAUUUGAAAGGCAUACAUAUUAUCCAUUAGAAUGGGUUAGUGAAACAGCUAAUAUAUCUUUAUUUUUGGCUGGUUCAUUUCACUAUUAUCUUAUAGAUCCUAAUUCUGAAGAUAUGAAACCUAUUGCUUCUGGAUACUUACUAGUGGAUCCAGAACUUAAAGUAGGAGAACAUGGAGAUGAUUUACCAUUGGAUUGUAUUCAGUGUCAAACUGUUCUUGCAAAAUGUCUGGGACCAUUUUCUACCUGGGAAGAUAAACUAAUAGUGGCUAGAAACUCUGGAUAUAAUGUGAUUCAUUUUACACCAAUUCAGGAACUGGGAUAUUCUAAGUCAUCUUACAGCCUUAGUGACCAGUUGAAAUUAAAUCCUUCUUUCAAUGAUGAUGAUAAAUCAGUUACAUAUGAUGAUGUUGAAAGACUAAUAAAUAAAAUACGCAAUGAAUGGAAUAUGUUGAGUAUAUGUGAUAUUGUUUUGAAUCAUACAGCAAAUGAAAGUCCUUUUUUGGUAUCUCAUCCAGAAUGUACAUACAAUUGUUUGAAUAGUCCUCAUUUACGUCCUGCAUAUCUUUUGGAUGCUGCAUUGUUUGAAUUGACAAUACAGGUUGCAGCUGGAGAAUGGGAGUUUAAAGGCAUUCCUUCAGUAGUUGAAACUGAAGAACAUUUAAACUCAAUUCGUCAUGCACUUCAUACAUAUUUUUUACCGCUUGUGAAAAUACAUGAAUUGUAUAUAUUGGACAUCAAUGAAACUAUCGCGGAGUUUUUGAAUUUAGCACGAAAUCAGAUGCCUCAAGAUACUAUUGAACCUAUAUUGGAAGAUAUCAAAAUAAUAAAAGAUCCGAAAUUUCGUAGAUUGAAAGCAACUAUAAAUAUGCAACUUGCUUUAAAAAAAUAUAAUAUAUAUAGAACUGAUUGUUUUGAUGAAGAGACUCGUUUGAAACGCUGUGCCGAAGACUUAAGAAAGAAAUUACAAGAACUUAAUAACAUGAUCACUAAUGAAAUACAAAAUCAUCUAAAUGCUGCAGUUGAGAAUACUAUUGCUGGUAUAAGAUAUUUUAGAGUGCAAGGUGAUGGGCCUAAACUUAAAGAAAUAAGCGAAAGAAAUCCACUUGUUCCUAGAUAUUUUACUGAUUAUGGAGCACCACAAACAUUAAAUGAAAGAGAAGCAACAAUGUAUUCUGAUGAAGGCUGUUAUCUUAUGGCUCAUAAUGGAUGGGUAAUGAAUGGUGAUCCUCUAAAAAAUUUUGCUGAUCCUGAUUCUAAUGUUUAUAUAAGAAGAGAACUUAUUGCUUGGGGUGACAGUGUAAAAUUAAGGUAUGGAGAUAAACCAGAAGAUUGUCCUUUUCUAUGGCAGCAUAUUACUGCUUAUAUUACACAAACAGCUAAAAUUUUUGACGGUAUUCGCUUAGAUAAUUGCCAUUCGACCCCUAUCCCAGUUGCAGAGUAUAUGCUUGAUGUUGCUCGUCGAAUUCGUCCAGAUUUGUACGUUGUUGCCGAAUUAUUUACAAAUUCCGAUCAGAAAGACAAUAUAUUUGUCAAUCGACUUGGUCUCACUUCCUUAAUUCGAGAAGCUAUGUCUGCGUGGGAUAGUCAUGAAGAAGGUCGUUUGGUAUACCGAUAUGGAGGCGAACCAGUAGGUGCAUUUUUGCAACCACGUAAACGGCCUCUAGUACCAGGCAUAGCACAUGCACUAUUUCUAGAUUUAACUCAUGAUAAUCCCAGUUCUGUGGAAAAACGUAGUGUGUUUGAUUUACUUUCAAGUGCUGCUCUUGUAUCAAUGGCUGCGUGCGCUAGCGGCAGCAAUCGUGGAUACGAUGAAUUAGUUCCUCACCAUAUACAUGUUGUAGAUGAAACAAGACAAUAUUCAUGCUGGGCAGAUGAUGAAUCUUUGAUAGAUGGUAUCAAAUUUGUAGGUUUAAAGACUGGUAUAAUUGCGGCGAAGAGAGCAUUAAAUGAUUUGCAUUAUACUCUCGGGCAACAGAAAUUUUCUCAAGUAUUUGUUGACCAGAUGGAUAGUGAUAUAGUAGCUGUAACAAGACACUCUCCAACAACUCAUGAUAGUGUAAUUUUAGUCGCUUUUACAGCGUUCAAACACCCCGAUCCUAAUGCCAAUGAUUUGAGAAGAUAUGUGAAACCAUUACGAGUGGAGGGUGUAAUGGAAGAAAUUAUUCUGGAAGCAUCCUUAUCUCAUAUAGAAGCUAAAAAUGGUACUUCACCUUUCCAUUAUCCUGAAAAAUAUGUACAAGAUGAAAAUUACAUAAAUGGUCUCUCAGAAUAUGUACUAAGACUUAAAGAACACAUACAAAUUUGUGACUCAGAAAUCCUGGAGAAAGUUGAUUCUGGUGAUCCUAAAAUAACUCAGCUUAAUUUUGUAAACUUUCAACCAGGUUCUGUCGUUGCUAUUCGAGUAUCUCUUCAUGCUAAUAUAAAACCUGCUCUUGCAAAACUUCAUAAUACUAUUUCAAUAGUAACAUCACAGAGAAGUUCCGAUAUACGUGUUAUUGUUUCUCGUAUGAACUUAGUAGAUUUAAAUAAGGCUCUAUACCGGUGCGAUCAGGAAGAACGCGAUGAAACUUCGAAUAGAUUUGAUGUAUAUGAUAUUCCUGGUUAUGGACCCCUUGUUUAUGCAGGUUUACAAGGUAUAAUUUCCUUGUUAGCAGAUAUUCGUCCUAAUAAUGAUUUGGGUCACCCAAUGUGUAUUAAUCUCAGACAGGGUAAUUGGCUAAUAGAUUAUACUUGGCAACGAUUAAAAGAAGAUGAAGGAACUAGAACUCUUGGAGAAUGGCUCGAAGAAGCUACUGAACCAUUUAAAUUAAUACCUCGCUAUUUAGUUCCUAGUUACUUCGAUGUUAUAAUUGUAAACGUUUAUAUGAUACUUCUUGAGCAAUGCUAUAAUCUAAUGUCAAGCUUUGUGAAAGAAGGUUCCACUUUCGUUAAAAUUCUAUCUUUAAUUUCUAUUCAAAUGGGAGGAAUAGUAAAAUCAGCUCCGUUACCAGAUUUGUCUCCAAAUAUAGAUCCUCCCAAACCAAAGAUCAAACAAUAUAAUGGCGAAAGUGAACAAAUAUGUAUGACAUUGUCUGCUGGUUUACCACAUUUUACCACAGGAUAUAUGAGAAAUUGGGGAAGAGACACUUUCAUUGCCUUAAGGGGACUACUGAUAUUAACAGGCAGACAUGCAGAAGCACGAUUUAUUAUCCUCGGCUAUGCUGGAACUAUGCGACAUGGUCUUAUACCAAAUUUACUUGAUAAAGGAAAGAAUGCUAGAUAUAACUGUCGAGAUGCUUUGUGGUGGUGGUUAUAUACAAUUCAAUGUUACAUACAAGAAGUACCAAAUGGUUUAAAAAUUUUAACAGACAAGGUUUCGAGGCUGUUUCCAACUGAUGAUUCUCCUCCACUACCUGCAGGACAAGUAGAUCAGCCACUACAUGAUGUUAUUCAAGAAGCUCUUUUGAUACAUUUUCAAGGACUUUGUUUUAGAGAAAGAAAUGCUGGAAGACAGAUUGAUGAACAUAUGACAGAUCGUGGUUUUAAUAACCAAAUUGGAGUGCACCCAGAAACAGGAUUUGUAUUUGGUGGAAAUGAUGCAAAUUGUGGUACAUGGAUGGACAAAAUGGGAUCUUCUGAAAAAGCUGGUAACAAAGGAAAACCAGCUACUCCAAGGGAUGGUUCAGCAGUAGAAAUAGUGGGUCUAAGCAAGAGUAUUCUCAGCUUUUUGGCUGAAUUGUAUAAGCAAAAUCUUUUUCCUUAUGGUAGUGUGCAAAGAAAAAAUCGGGAUGGCUCUACUGUAACUUGGAGCUAUAAACAAUGGGCAGAUAAGAUUUCAUUAAAUUUUGAGAAAUAUUUUUACAUCAACGAAGUGCAAUUAGAAGGAGAACUUAAAUCAGAACUUAUUCACCGUCGUGGAAUUUUCAAAGAUAGUCAUGGAGCAACACAAGCAUGGGCCGAUUACCAAUUACGAUCUAAUUUUCCAGUUGCAAUGGUUGCUGCUCCAGAAUUGUUUAAUCCGGAACAUGCAUGGAUAGCAUUAAAAAAGGCAGAAGAAAUUUUAUUAGGGCCACUUGGAAUGAAAACAUUAGAUCCUGCUGAUUGGGCGUACAAUGGAUAUUAUGAUAAUUCUAAUGAUAGUGGAGAUACUAAAAUAGCUCAUGGUUGGAAUUAUCAUCAGGGGCCUGAAUGGGUUUGGCCCAUAGGCUAUUUUCUUCGUGCCCGACUAUAUUUCGCUCCAUUAGUUGGAGGAAAGGAAGAAUUACGUCGUACAGUCGAAUCAACUGAAAUUAUUAUUUCUCGACAUUUCAUAGAGGCAUCUACAAACCAUUGGAGAGGUCUCCCUGAACUUACCAAUAAAGAUGGGGAAUAUUGCAAGGAUAGUUGCAGAACACAAGCUUGGAGUGCUGCUUCUAUAUUAGAAGUUCUUUACGACUUAGAUAAAAUUAAACGGGAAUUACGAUCCGAGGAGAAUGAAAGAACGAAUUGAUAUAAUUUUGCGUGUGUUCACCACCGCCAAUUACACUUAGAACAUUUACGAUUAGAAAAAGAACGUAGCAUUAGAAGUAAAGAUCACGAUAAUAAAUGGCACAUAUUUAACACAGCUAUAGAAACACCAAGCACGGAGACACACGCAUUUGGUAUUUCGCACAUAGACAAAAUCAGUAUGCUACCGUGCAGUACAAUUGAUAACGUUUUCUUAAUGCAAGAACUUAAGAAAAAUGAAAGUAAAGAAGACAUUAAACAUGAUUAUGUAUCUUCUACUGUUAUUAGCAAUUUGGAAGUAAUUGAAACUAUGUCAAAUAUAACAGAAUUGUCAAUAGUAUCAGAAGGUGAAUUUCAUAAAUCAGGACAACUUAUAUAUGGAAAUGAACCUUUAAAAUACGAGAAUAGAUCUUUAAAUAAAUUUCAAAGUGAUGUAAUUGACCAAGUUGAUACAUUAACAAAACAAAACAUAGGGAAAAGUAAUGCAUUGACGAAAUACCCAUCAAAAGUGGAUCACGUUUAUGAGGAAGUCAAUGCUCUUGAAUGUGAUAUUAUGGAUUAUUAUGAAAAAUAUAGCCCUACAACGGCGAAAACUUUGAUAAAUACACUUUUUCUUCCUCUACAUAAAAUUUGUAAGAAAUGCGCCAAUUUACAAGGCAGUCCAGUAUAUUCUGAUCUUUUGAUAUAUGCAAAGAAGCCUUUAUAUGCGAAGGAAGUCCAUUUACUUCAACUAAAUGAAACUUUACAGUUUAGAUAUUGCUCAGAAGAUGGUAAACAUGACAAUACAUUAUAUUUACAGUACAAUAACGUUCAGCACUGUUUACUAGUUCAUAAUUACUUAAAAACUAAUGCUUCUAGUAUAUUCUAUUUUUAUGGCCCACCGCAGGAUAUUUUUGAUUUAAAAACAGCAUUAGAAACAAGUAUCCUUGUUAUAAAUAGCAAUACGAAAGGAAUAGUAAAUACAGAGUUAUAUCAUCGUUGUGCAAGUAAUUUUUAUACAAGGAUGUCAAAUAAUGGUAUUGCAUCUGCAGCGUUUCGUAUUGAUCAUGGUAAUAUUAUACGCUCUAUAAAACACGUUGGAUACGAUACUGAUUUGCAAAACUGGAUGAAUUAUCGUAACAAUGUAUUUCGAUCACACAAUCUCAAACAAGAUGAUGUAGUCGAUCAUCGCGCGAAUAGAUCUAGUUUGUUAUUAUUAGAGCCACUACUGUUAAUGCCAGAAUUAGGAAACUCUAGGUAUAGACACAGAAAAAAUCGUAUUUCACAAUCAGAGCACAUAAAAAUAGUAAAGAUAGUAAUUGCCUAUACUCUUUCUUUCUUCAUUUUAGCAACAAUCACAUUUUAUAUAGUUUAUUUCACUUAAUAAAAUAUGAUAUUCUUUUA